AUGGAUUCAACCGAGAAAGUUGUCGAUACAACAAAUCCUUUGUAUCAAUUAUUAGAAAAGCAGGCAACGGAAUUUGAAUUGUUCGGACAACGUUUGAAAUCUGAAAUACAAAAUUCCUACGAAUUUAUCAAGCUUCAAACAUCAAAACAAAUAAUUAAUUCUCAUACCGAUCAAACUAUGACGUCAAAUGAACAAACGAACUUGAAACCUGUUCAAAUAAUUUCAAAUCAUGUUAUUUCUACAAAUGAGGAGUUAAGGAGGAAAGAAUUAGAAUCUAUGAAAGCUCGUAUAGAAGAAUUGGAAACGGAUUCUAUUAUUAAAAGUCAAGAUAUAGAAAAACAAAAA